AUGGAGUUUUCCCAGCUUAGCAGAAUGAACGAGAAGAUCCAGGAGCUCUACAGUGCCAUGCUUGCAGUAAUGCCUUUGGAGCGUAUGGAUGAGGAUCCAUUUGAUUAUUUCCGCAAUGAGACUGAUCAUAUAGUUGAGACCAUGGAAACUGUCCUCAGAGAUGUUGGCAACCGGAAGCUAGAAAUGCAACAAGAGAUCGAUGCGCUGGUGAGCGAGAUGAGAAAGAAUUGCGCCGAUAUUGAGGUCCCGAUGCCCUCGGUCCCAGAUCUCUGCAAUCUUUCUGUGGUGAGGGAAUAUGUGAAGAAUGAGUCUGGUAGAAUAAUGGUGCUGAAGAAGGGCAUUGAGGGGAGGAUGGAGACGGUUAUUGAGGAAAUUGAGCAGAUAAAAGGAGAAAUCUUCGAUAUUGGUAUGGAGGAUAUCCGGUGCACAGAGCUGAUGCCGAUGAAGGGCGAGGAUUGCGUUUCUGUGGUGAAUCUUCGGGAGCUUGAGGUGUAUAGAGAUUCGCUGAGGAAUAAGAGAGAGGGUAUGGAAAGAAGCAGAGACAGAUUGUAUGGAGAACUUUGUGUGUUUUUAUCCCAGCUAUCGAAGGAGGACACGGAGGUUCGGAUUGACCAGAAGAUUUUUGUUCUUGAGGGCCUACAUAAGAAGUAUAAAGAGGAGGUUGAAAGAAAGGACUUAGAGUUUAGAGGACUAGAGGCUGAGAUAAGAAGGAGGGAGGGAUAUCUCGGAAUGCCGUAUAAGGAGAUUGAGAUGGAUCUGAGUGAUGAGAACAUGGCUCUUAUGAGAAAGUAUGGAGAGCAUCUCAGAAGAGAGCAGGAAAGACAGCUAGAUGAGAUAUAUGAAAAGAAGAGAUGUCUGCUCCGAAGUCUUCUGGACGUUUUUGGAGAGGACAUGAAGGAUUACAAGAGAACGGAGGAGGAUAUCGAAGAGAUGUCAAGGACGAUUGAAAGGUUAGAGUCCAAGAAAGACCUCUUUCUUUCAAUAAGGUCAUUGAUGGAGAAAAGAGCGGGGCUUGUAGACAAGAUGAACGAGUUUGAGAAGAUAGCGUCCGACCCUAAGAGGCUGUUCAGAUCGUCUCUCCAGCUCCUGAGUGAGGAGAAGUUCAGGAACAGCGCGUAUCCAAAUCUAAUAAGGGUUGAGGAGGCUAUAUUCAAGCUUCUGGAUGAGUAUGAGGAUAGGUUUGGAAAGCUGCUUAAGGACGGGGUGGACUUCAAGGAGUCUUUAAGGAAAGAGGUAGAGAACAGGAUUGUGAACAAAACUGUGUUUAUAAGCAGAUUUGACUCACCUUCCAGAAAGAAGAGGUGA